UUUGAACAGGAACAACAACAUGUCACUGUCAGACAAGAGCGAGGUAAAAGUGAAGACAAAAAAGGAAGAGGGUACAGAACCUAAGAUGAAGAGGGCGGCAACACAAAAGCGGCACAUAACGCUCCCGAUGGCCGAGAUCAAACCAUGCAAUAUAUACUCGUCAGCUGCUUACAGUAUCGUUCGGCCUUCAUUGGAUGAUCUUCAGGAUUCUGAUGAAGAAGACUGUUCUUAUAAUACACAGCACAACAAAAAGAAGAAACGGCCGACCAGGAGGAAUAAAAAGCCAAGCAGAGGCGUAUACUUUGACUCUGAUGACGAUGAUUUCCGUUGCAAUGGAGAAAGGACCCCUUCUAAGAAGACAUCCUCUACUGUUUCUCUUGAUUCACCGUGUUCCCCACCACCACCUCCUGAUCUAGGUAGCCCUAUGCAGAGGCCACUAGCGCAUGACAAAGUCACCUCUCAUCUACUCAGGAAAAUCAACGUGACCCUAACUAAUGUAAGAUGCGUCCAGAACGAGUUCUCCUCAGAUGAUGCAUUUUCUCCGCUCUCCAGGACGCCCAGAGGAUCAUUGUCGGUGAUCGACAUCGAUGCGCCUCAACCCCCACGGACCAGGAACUCCAUCACAGUCAAAGUGCGAUCGAAAUUCGGACUUCAUCGAUAUCAGCUUGCCAUGACUGAAAGCUUCAGCACAAUAAUAACAGAGAUUGCAGAGUUGGAGGGAGCCAGUAGGGACUGCGUCAAGCUGACUAGGGUUGGACACGACAAGGAAAUCACAGAGUUCGACACACCACAGUCUAUUAAUCUACACAUUGCAGAUAUCAUUGAUUGUUUGAUAGUUGAUCCUCCGAGUCUUCCAGGAUCCCAAGACACUGUUGAAGUCACUCUGCAAGGAAUGGAGAAAAACUCAAGUAUGACUACGAUAACCUCAAGGACUGAUCCCUUGGAGAGAAUAAUGGCGGAGUACAGUACGUUCUGUGGACACCCCGUCGCUAAGCUCAGGUUCUCCUUUGAUGGCGAGACGAUCAAACCAUCGGACACUCCAGAACUCCUAGACUUUGAGGAGGACACCAACAUGAUCGACGUUCAUAUCUUACGAUAAGUAAAGCAGUCGCCAAGAUGGUAUACAAAUUAUAUCUUACCUAUUCAAUAUCUACUAGGGCCCCUCGAUCCACUAAGCGAAAGCAGUAGUCCCGACCGAUUUUCUACCUUCCACCCAUGUACAAUUUUGAC